UUCAUCUUCUUGUUAUGUAUUUUUUUUUACAAUAAAUAUUAAUGAAAAAAUACUUAAAAUUUGUGUCGUGUUUAUUCAAUGUGAGUUUAAAUAACAACAACAAGAAGAAGAAAAACAAGAAUUAAAUACUUUUAGUGAACAGGUGUGCAAUAGGACAGGUGUACAACGAACUAUCAUUCACGAUUAGUUGUUUUUUUUUUUACAUAUUACGGAAAUUCAAUCGUAUGAUUAUCAUCAAUGUGGAUGCAGUUCGUUGAAGAUCAAAGGUUUCGCUAUGCUAGUUCCACUGAAUGCGAACCUUAAUCUUAAUCACAAUCGUUCUAAUUGUUGAUAUAAGAUAAUCAUCAUUAAUCAUUGAUCUCAUCAUGGAUUAAAGAAAACAUUUGUGAAGAAGCAUCAAAAAAAUAUUAUAUAAGAAGAUUAAUGUGUUUAACAUAACUUUGAAGAUAUUUAAAAGAAGAAACAAUAUGAAUACACUGAUGAUCAAGACGUUACUACUGCUAUUAGCAGGCACGAUAUGCAUAGUUGAUGCAACCUCAGCUUGUCCAUGGGCACAAAGCGUUGCUGAACUAGAAAACUCUUGCAUCUGCGAUUACAAUCUUGCUAGAGAGUUAUCGGUACAAUGCGAUAUAGUUGAUUAUGGUCAACUAUUAUCGGCUAUGAAGCGAUAUGCUUCAAAAAUUACAGUUGAUCUCUUUUAUAUUAAUAAUAGUACCAUUGGUACUUUGAAAAAUGAAUCUCUUUCAGCGUUAAGAAUCAAUAAUAUACAAUUAUCAGGCUGUCGUAUAUCAAUGAUUGAAACUGAGGCAUUCAUGGGCCAAGAAAAUACAUUGAAGAGUCUUAAUUUGAAAGAUAACGAGUUGAAAGAGUUACCUAUCGAAACAUUAAAGACUCUAAAGAAUCUAACAGUGUUGGAUCUAUCGAUGAAUAAGAUUACUAAAGUUCCUGAUGAUGCCUUUGCAGGAUUAAAACUGGUUACUUUAAAAUUGUCUGACAAUGAAGUCGCUCUCUCGUCAGAAGCCUUUAAAGGUUUGGAAGCAACCUUGAAAAAUCUUAAUCUUAAAGGUACAAAACAAAAGAAAGUACCAGAAGCAUUAAGAGGUCUCAAAGCUUUGGCUUUUCUGGAUCUAUCUCAAAAUAGUAUAGAGGAAUUACCUGGCUCUGCUGGUAUCAAAGCUUUCGAAGGAUUAGACUCGUUGACUGGGCUCAAUCUUGAAAGAAACUUGAUUCAAGCUAUUGGACCAAAUGCUUUCUAUGGCGUCAGGAAUACUCUGAGUUCUUUGAGUUUGUUAAACAAUCUCAUUUCUGAUUUUCCAACUGCUGCAAUCAACAGUAUCCAUGAUCUUAGGGUUCUAGACAUCGGAUUCAAUCUAAUAACAGAGUUACCAGUGAAUGCUUUUCAAGGUAAUCCAUCUGUAACGCUUCUCGCUAUCGAUGGAAAUCCUUUGUCCACUGUACCAGAACGUGCAUUGGCUAGACUGAAUGGUACUCUCAGAGGACUGAGCUUAGGAGGAAGAUUUCUUGUGUGCGAUUGCAAAUUACGUUGGAUCGUCGAUUGGAUCAAAACUAGGGAUCUUCAAGUAACUAGUCGUGAACGUAAACCACCAUUUUGUGGUAGCCCUCAGAGAUUACAAGAUAAAAAUUUUUACAACAUUGAUAUAAACGAUAUGACAUGUGAAAGAACACCAGAAAUUAUUGGAAUCGGCACUGUUGAAAGUGUUGAUACGAGAGAACCAACUGGGCCAAGUGAUAAUCUAGGUGUUGCUACGCAUCAUUCAACGAUAAGACCACAGAUUCCCACCCAAACGACUACUACUACUACUACUACUACUACUACUACAUCGACUAUAACACCUUCGACAACGACGAUAUUUUCAACUACAGAAUUUAGAAAAACAACCGAAGCACCUCAAACUUCGACUAUGUUUACUUCGACGACUAACAGACCAACUGCAGCUCGAACAGGAAAUGUGGUUAUAAUGAGAACUACGUUAAGUCCACCUAAAUAUGUUCAGGAUCAACCUCAACAGCAUCAACCAAGACCUCCUUUGGUUCUUGGUUCUCCUCUUUACAAAGCUAAAUCAAACGAUAGAGAUAUCAUAGUGAAGGAUGUUCUUAGACAAGAUAACUCAGUGAUCAUCUAUUGGGACACGAAAGCACCUAAGAGUUUAGGAUUUCGUGUGAUCUAUCGAUUAUUUGGAGACGAUAGUUUUGAACAAGCUCCACCUCUUGAUGCUAGCGAGCGUGAAUUUAAAAUAAAAAACGUACCAUAUCAGGAAUGUAUCAUAGUAUGUGUCGUUUCAUUGGAAGAAACCAACCUAAUGCCAGCAAAUGUACCCUAUCAACAAUGCAGAGAAGUUAGAACAGAAAAUUCGCCGACUUCUAAUAUGGACAAAAUUACUAUAGCUGCUAGUGCAGCCAUAUGUGCAACUAUAGUAGUUGCGGUGAUAAUUUUCGUGGUAGCCAACAGAAGAAGAGCUCGUAAACUUCACACGCUUCAUAGUAUUGAUCAAACUAACAUGGGUGGACCUAUAGCAGGAUUGCCGGUUAAUUGUUGCUCAACUGGUGGCCCAACGCCAAGCCCAGGAGGACCUCUUUCUUCUAUGGCAACCUUAAGUGCUUACAAUCCUCAAAAGGAAUGGGAUCAAGUAUCAGCUUAUAGUAACAGAAGUAUACCGAGACCUAGAAUUUUUCCAGUAGAUCGACAAGGUUCAAUUACCAGAGCUUCUUGUAUUGACGAUGUUCGUUCUCAAACAGUUCACUAUGGUGGUAAAAUAUCUACACGUUCCGUUGCUGAUGGACAAUCGCAACACAGUUUUUCUAAUAACUCAACGCGAUAUUUUGCUAACACUACUUUAGGAUCUAAUCUCGUAAAUUCUAGACCAGAAUUACGUCAGUCACGUCAAUCGUUAGCAGCAGGUUCGGAUAGAAUGUCGCGAAGUAAUUACACGAAUAAUCAUAUGCCACCUCAUGCCUCCUCUAGAAGACAACGACCAAGAUCACGUAAUCGUACUUUGGAACAAAAUCCGCCAAGGCCUGGCAGUCGGUACAGUUUAGCUGACUCCACGCAUACAUUGAAUAAUUAUGAUGAAAAUAAUUGGACCGAUCACGACAUGGAUAUAUACAUGACACGUAAUCCAACAACGAGAAGCGGCCUGAUGCCAGUAUGAUCAUCGGUUUUAACAAACCGUGUGUUCAAUCAGUCUAUUUGAUCAGAUGCAAUGAUUUGAUGCAUCAAUGUACAACAAUGUACUCGUUAUUAGACUAAGUUAGUAAUAAGCUAGAUCGAAUCGAAUGAUAA